AGCCUAUUCAAGUCGACUGUCCUUGCUUGUAUUCUGAAUGGCCAUUGGCCACGAUGGCGGCUGUGUGACGCAUGCGCAUGUCAGUCACCCUGAGCUAACGGCUAGCAUGAACUGCUACAGGACAAUAUAGCCAAUACCUCACCGGAGCUGCCGUUAACAUCAUUAUAUUGUCGUCACGGUUUGCUAGAAAGCCAACAACAGUAAAGAAGUGAUUACGGAGAAGGGGGAAACGUAUUCUCUCAGGUGUAAGCAAAAUGCUGAACGCCACAAAUGGCGACCCGGGCCACGUUGUUGUCAAUUAUGUGGAAGAGUACUUGGACCUGGUGGAGUCGCUCCCUUUCGAUUUGCAGAGGAGCGUGUCCCUCAUGAAGGAAAUUGAUGCCAAGUAUCAAGACGUUCUGAAGGAGCUCGACGAUGCUUACGAACGCUAUCGCAAGGAAUCCGACUCACCCCAGAGACGUAAACUUCAGAUGUCCAUCCAGAGGGCGCUGAUCCGCAGUCAGGAGCUCGGAGAUGAGAAGAUUCAGAUUGCUGGACAAAUGGUGGAGUUGGUAGAGAAUCGAACACGACAGAUGGACUUGCACUCGGAACUCCUCCUCACCUCACAAGAAGUCCCGGAGAGCCACAUUGCCGCAGCGCCAUCCAUGGCGACCACUGCGGCCUCCAUGUCGUCGUCCUUGUCGUCCGCCAUCACGCCGAACAAAACGAGCCACCACGACAAGAAGCGCGACGAAGCCACGCCGGGCUUUGUCGGAAGCGGAGGGGGAGACAAAUCCGGCGGGAAGCGCUCCAGGCGGCAGAAAAACGGCGACGGCAGGGACAGUUAUGGCGGCCUGGACCCCGCUGAGGAUGUCGGAGCGGGGGCGUCCCGGGAGAAGAGGGCCAAAUCGUCAUCCAAGAAGAAGAAGAGGUCAAAGGGGAAGUCCGAGAGAGAAGUGUCUCCUCCCGACCUGCCCAUCGACCCGGACGAGCCUACGUACUGCUUAUGCGAGCAGGUGUCCUACGGCGAGAUGAUCGGCUGCGACAAUGACGAGUGUCCCAUCGAGUGGUUUCACUUCUCCUGCGUGGGGCUCCACCACAAGCCCAAAGGCAAGUGGUACUGCCCCAAGUGUCGCGGCGAGAACGAGAAGACCAUGGACAAGGCUUUGGAAAGGGCCAAGAAGGAGCGGGCGUACAACAGGUAGCCUCGCCAGCACUUGUGACAUUUUUAUUAUUGCUAUUAGCCUUUUUUUGGUUGUGUAGUUGUGUAAAUAGCUAUUUUUCUAAGACGGUCAGGACUUCUACGAAGCAUUCUGCCUUUGUUUCUACAUGCAUGCAGCAUCUUAUUCGACUGUACAUGUCCUGUUAACAAAUAAAUCAUCCUUCCACACACAAGUGUUUGA